CAAAGUGAAACUGCUUCAUGCUUCAAGUUAUUAAAUUACGUAGUAAUUGCACGUUACACAUUAGAGAACUGUGUCUUUUAAUAAAGAAAGUCACAGAAUAGAUACAAAAUGAGUGUACCUUAUUCAUUACUGUUACCGAGCUUUCGUCGACGAAAAUCUCGAAAUGGCGUGUUUCGCUGCGCUUGAUGACGGUGUACGAGGUCCGUUAUUUGAGAUCACAGAAUGGAGACCCUACGGAGGACGUUCAGGAGAAGGCGUAACAAAGACUACUCCCCAAUCAACCCGCUGUUGAAAUACUUCCUUUUCUUUGAGAAUUUUCUGAUAUGGCUUGUAGGUCUCGCCAUGACGGGAAUAGGAGCUUAUGUUCUUUACAUGAAGAAGAAGGUUGUCAAGGACGCGUUCGAUUUCUUUCUCGACCCGUCCACUCUAAUGUGCACAGGGGGCGCCAUCGUCGUGUUCAUCACCUUCUUCGGAUGUAUGGGGGCUCUGAGAGAGAACACGUGUUUGCUGAAAACGUACAACUACAUUUUGAGUUUUAUCUUUUUGGGAGAAAUGGUCCUAAUCAUCCUGAUUUUCGUUUUCUAUUACGUUCCCGAGUCUCGUGAUACGUUAGGAAUUUUCCCAGAAAAAAGUAUGAGUGACGCAAUCCAAAAAUACGGUGUUGUGGAUGAUGACGACAUGGUCAGUUUGAUAGACAACAUACAGAAAACGCUGCAGUGCUGUGGUCUGGCUGACAGUGAUGAGGGAUAUAAGGAUUGGAACAGAAAUAUUUACUACAACUGUACCAAGUCCAACGAUAGCCCGGAGGCAUGCUCAGUGCCAGCUUCCUGCUGUAAAAUCAAACCGGGAGAGGAAAUGAAUGUCCUUUGUGGUCGAAAAGUAAUGCAAUUCGGUACAGGCGGCAUUGUAACAGAUGGUCCGUACGUGAGCCGCAUCAACAAGGCGGGAUGCAUUAGAUCCUUGGGAACGUGGAUCCAGACUAACGCUAUGGUGCUGGGCGGUAUUCUGCUGGGCAUACUUCUGCCUCAGAUGUUCGUGAUGUGUCUGUCGCGAUCACUGAGGGAUCAAAUCAAAGCACAGAAGUCAAAAUGGGACCGUCCAAAGCGUUACCAUGACAACGGGGCUUUUGAGCGGUAGCGGACUGAUAUCAAAGACUUGAUCUAAUACAAUUGUGCAGUUUUACCAGUUUUAUUUUUAAAAAUGGGAGUGUUCUAUAAAUUAAGAAUUUUAUAUAUAGAGGAGGGAAUUAUGUCCAUUUCGUACAAAGCAGAUUACAUAUAUUGUAUAUAUGAGAUUUUAAAAAUAUUUGUUUUAAUUUUGCAGAUUACAUAUAUUGUAUAGAUCUAUAUGAGAUUUUAAAAAUAUUUGUUUUAAUUUUUUUCUUUCUUGUUACAUUAUUUCUGGUUCUUUUGUUGAUUGAGUUGAAUGUUUCAUUUUUUAUUACCGUUUUAAACAAUUGAUCUAAAACAUAUCAUUUUUAUGUGAUGAAUUAUAAGAAUGAGAGAGAGAGAGAGAGAGAGAGAGAGAGAGAGAGAGAGAGAGAUCUUUUCAUUCCAUGAACAUUGUAAAUCAAACUUCAGGACCAUGGUUAAACAUUUUAAGAAAUGAAAGAGUAUGCACUUUAUGUAAUAAUAAUGAUUUGACUGAUGAGUUCCAUUAUUUAUUUAUAUGUACUGAUGAAACUAUUAAUAAAGAUUGGAAAACUUGGAUAGAUAUUAUACAAAUAGAACAGACAGAUAUAAAUUUAAACAGCUUAAUUGUAAAAAUAUUAUUGUACUUAAAGAUUAUGCAAAUUUUAAUGGUUAUAAGGGAGAGGGCAUGUCCUCCAUGUUAACUGCAUGCUAUGUACAAUAUUAUAUUAUAUAUUACGAAUUACUUCUCUACAAUACACAUGUUGUAUGUAUUUGAGAAUAAAUAAUUUUGUUGUGUUGUUGUUACCAUGUCACAGACUGAUCAGCUGUUCCAGGUCUAUGUUUUUAUAAAUGUUCUCACAGCAAUCAAUCCAACAAUAAAUUCAGAUUAUGAGAUCAUA